GUUCCCGCCUACGAUCUACUACAAGAUCUAUACCCACGGCAAUGUGGUAGACCUUGGCAGUUUCGCACCGCGCGAUUACCAUUUGGAGCGCCAGACCCAGGAGACUGGACUUGCCGUGCCAGGAGACCACAAUUGGUAUCGGCGCAUCGAGAACAACGGCUGGCGUCCGCUGGCCGUUCGCCUCAAAAACACCUCCGCGAGUCUAGAGGAUGAGGAGAUGGAAAAGCUCACGGCAAGGAGGCCUCCAAGAAAGUUCCACUACUCCAAGCUCCGGCGACGGGCGGAUAUGGAGCGAAUACGAAAGCUGCGGAAGAUCGAAUGGUUUCAGAAGCUCUACGGCGUGAGUCAAGCGUCACAGGAGAUGCUGAGCGAGGUGUCCCCCACAUCGCCGAUCUUUCCU